GUGAUAUGUGUAUUAUCGUGCAUGCAUGAAGACAACUGACGGUUUUAUACGGAAUCUAAAACGACUCUCCCAUGGGUCGAGAUUUGAUUGCGACACUGUGUCUGGUAGCCACGUUUUCAGCUACCUUGGCACAGCUGGACUGUGACUUUGAACAGGGUGACAUUUGUCAGUGGACACAGGUCCCUAAAGGUCAGGAUGAGCUGGACUGGAACAUCUUGAAAGGAGCAACAAGCUCCCAUGGAACUGGACCAUCAAAUGACCAUACCACAGGAACUGGCUUCUACAUCUAUUUGGAGACCACUGUGAGGAAAGAAAAUGCUCGCGCUCAACUGCUCAGCCCAUCCGUAUCCCUGUCAACCAAUCAGACACGCUGUUUCUCGUUUUGGUACCAUAUGUAUGGACCUGAUGUAGGAGCACUGAACAUUUACACGCAAUCUGGCACACAACCAGUCCUGUUAUGGACCAGGAAGGGCACAAAAGGCAACAAAUGGUUACAGGCAAAGGUGGAUAUAUCGACAACACAGGCAGCAAAUCUUCAGGUAAUUUUGGAAGGUGUUGUUGGUCAUGGUUGGAAUGGUGAUAUUGGUAUUGAUGAUGUCACCCUUUCUUCCCAGUCUUGCAAAGCCCCAGCUACUGAGAUUUCACCGACCAACUCUGUUCCUGUGGCCACACAAUGUGACUUUGAGGACAAGAAACUGUGUGGUUGGACACCUGAUAAAAACGGUGAUCAUGUGGACUGGAGGUGGCACACUGGAGGGACAGGGACAAAAGGUACAGGACCUGCUGCAGAUCAUACCUACAGGACAGCUAAAGGUCAUUAUCUAUACAUUGAGACGUCUCUCGGGCGGACCAAUUCUACUGCUCAGCUGACAUCUCCCACUUAUCAAGGAAGCCGCACCCAGUGUUUUCAGUUCUGGUACAGCAUGAAUGGAGUCAAUGUACAGACCCUGAAUAUCUACACCAAGACUGGCUCUGACCUUGGGCCUGCUGUGUGGAGCCUAAGUGGACACCAAGGGGACCAGUGGCAGACGGCGCAGAUCACGCUGCCUAAAGGGGGAAACUUCCAGAUUGUCGUUGAAGGUAUCAAAGGACAUGGUCAGAAGGGUGACAUAGCAAUCGAUGAUGUGAGUCUUAACCCUGGAGCCUGCCCUGAUCUAGGUAAAGAUGUAGAAAACAAUGACUCAUUAAAUGGAAGAUCCUGCAACUUUGAGAGUGGCUUUUGUACCUGGACUAAUGACCAGUCUGGUGUGAAUUUUGACUGGGUCAGGUUGACUGGGAGGACAGCCACCACUGGGACAGGUCCAGGUGCUGACCACACCUUGAACAGUGGUGCAGGAACGUAUGCUUACAUGGAGUCAGACGGUCGUCAGCCUAACGACGUGGCCCGUUUGGUCAGCACUACUCUUAGUCCAUUUUCACGUGGCUGCUUUUCCUUCUGGUACCACAUGUAUGGUGCGAACAUCGGCACCCUGGCAGUGAUACUAACCCCCAUAUCUGGGCCCCGUACUGUCCUCUGGCAGCUUUCUGGUCAGCAGCAGAACAAGUGGAUGUCAGCAUCCAUACCUCUAGACAGCCACACCACCACCGUCACCUUCCAAAUUCAGAUAGAAGGAACGAUUGGCAAUGGGAUCAAAGGGGACAUAGCCAUUGAUGACUUGUCCUAUACCUCCAGGAAAUGUUCAUAUUCACCGGCUGCAGCUAAACCCGCCUCAGUUACAACAGCAGCCACAACUGUCCCGACCACUGCAAAACCAACAACAACGGCUGCCAAACGAACCACAAAGAAAACAUCUUCUCAAGUUACGUCACUAAAACCUGACUGUGACUUUGAGAAGGACUGGUGCUUGUGGACCCAACUCACCAAUGAUAAUUUUAACUGGACAAGGAAGUCAGGGUCUACCCACACAAGCAACACAGGACCCAGUACAGACCACACCACAGGAAAGGGCUUUUACAUCUACACUGAGGCCACAUUGCACGGACCCAAUGAGACGGCCCGAAUUCAGAGCCCAAAGAUGACACCGAAGCCUGGUAGUGUGAACUGCCUGACAUUCUGGUAUCACAUGUACGGGGACCAAGUCGACUCCCUUAACCUGUACAUCCAGUCAGGCCCUUCCCUGGGGGAUGCUUACUGGACACGCUCAGGAUCCAAAGGGAACCAGUGGAGACAGGCGCAGGUUACCAUAUCACGCGGAAUGCCCUUCUUUCUUGUGUUUGAGGGUCUAGGAGGGAAUGGUUUCCGUGGUGACAUUGGCUUGGAUGACAUAACAUGGAAAUCGGGAGCCUGCACAGGCAAGUCUUCUCUAGAAAGACAACAGGGUGGACCAAUAACAUCAAGUCUGGCAUCGCGAACAUGUGAUUUUGAAAAUAAAAAUAUUUGUGGCUAUGUUCAAGAAAAGAAAAAGGACAAAUUUGAUUGGAAGAGAUUCAUGGGCAGAGCAGGCACAGCUUUGACAGGUCCUGCUUCAGAUCAUACGUAUGGUACUGGUGAAGGCUAUUACAUGUAUAUUGCGACUUCACCACCGAAGAAGAAAGGUUACAAGGCAUGGAUUACCUCUCCCCUUUUCAAAGACAAAGCAGCUGUAUGCCUUCAGUUUUAUUAUCACAUGUUUGGAGAUGGUAUUGGGACUCUCAAUGUUUAUGCACAGGUGAAAGGACAAAAUGGCCGACCAAUCUUCACGAUGACUGGUGAUCAAGGUAACCAGUGGAUUGUUGGACAAGUGACCAUUCCUAAGAGGACAGCUGUAAAAGGGUACAAAGUUUUGUUUGAAGGUGUGGUUGGAACAAACAGGCGUGGAGAUAUUGCAUUGGAUGACAUCAGCUUCAUUCCCGGACAAUGUAACUCACCUGGGAACUGUGAUUUUGAUAGUGGCUUGUGCACUUGGACCAACUCAAAAGUAGGUGACAAGUUUGACUGGAUUCAGAUGUCUGGGGCAACCUCCACAAAAGGAACUGGUCCUUCAAAUGACCACACCCAGCAGACUAAAGCAGGAAAAUACAUGUAUCUUGAAACUGAUAAACCGCGAAAAGCUGGAGAAGUGGCGGUGUUGCUGAGCGAAGCGUUUGAUCCCGUCUCCUCAAGCGGACGCUGUGUCCACUUCUGGUACCAUAUGUACGGCUCCGGCAUCGGCACACUGAGUGUCAUUGUCAAAACUCAGGGAUCGCCAGAUGCUAUUAUCUGGUCACUGACAGGGAAGCAGGCCAAUAACUGGGUGAGCGGUCAAGCUCCGAUCCCAGCCUCAGGGAAGAGUUACCGUCUGGCCUUUCAAGGGACUGUGGGCAAAAAUGAACUUGGGGACAUCUCCAUUGAUGAUAUCAUUUUCUCAGAGUCAAUUUGUGGAGUAAGCCCUAGUCAGGCUGUACCCGCAACUACUACCACACUUACACCCACCCCGUCUCCAAGAGUGACUACACCCUCCACAACCCCCAAACCAGGGCCAUUCAACUGUAACUUCGAUGUGGAUCUGUGUGGCUGGCGACAGGACACCAAGGAUCAGUUUGAUUGGACGAAGGUUCAGGGAAGGUCUGUGCCACCUGGAACCGGGCCGACCCAAGAUCACACCUCAGGGGGAGGCUGGUACCUGUAUCUCAAGCCUAACUCUACUCAGACAGGGCUGUCGCAAGCCCGGCUGAUCAGUCCCGAUGUCGCUGCAGGACAGAGUUGUCUGGCGUUCUUUUACCAUAUGUAUGGCACAAGUGUGGACCGUCUUCGUGUCUACGUACAGACUGGCCUGGCACUCCCGAAAAAGCCUGUGUGGAUUAGAAAGGGCACCCAGGGUAACACGUGGAAACAAGCUUUGGUGGACGUAUCGGCUAAAGUCCCAUUCAGCAUUGUAUUUGAUGGUGGUAGAACAAACACGUCUAAGGGUGACAUAGCUCUUGAUGAUGUUUCCAUAAUAGCAGGAAAGUGUUUGGAACUGAGCUCUAGUUGUGACUUUGAGGAUUCCACACUGUGUGGCUUCUCCAGGGAUGUCGGGAACAAAUUUGACUGGCGCUGGGCUAAGGGCUCCACAGGUACUGCGGAUACGGGCCCCACUAACGACCACACCUAUGGAACAGACUCAGGCUACUACAUGUACGUGGAGUCAUCUGCAAAGAAGAAAGGGGAUGUAACGAGGCUCUUGUCUCCCGUGUACACUGGCCAGACUCAACCCAAAUGUCUGCAGUUCUGGUAUCACAUGUAUGGCAAGGAUACUGGCACUCUGAACGUCUACCUAGUUGCCUCAGGUGCAAAAGGCAAACCUGUAUGGACAAAGACAGGUGAUCAGGGUAACCUCUGGUACAUAGCAUCCACCCCUGUCCCCAAGGCGAUCAGAAGCAAACCAUAUCAGGUGAUGUUUGAGGGAAUUGUGGGCACUGGCAUGAAGGGUGACAUGGCCAUUGAUGAUUACAGCAUCAUAGACGGAGAGUGCCAAACAGAAGGAAGUUGUAACUUUGAAUCUGGGCUAUGCACAUGGACAAAUGAUCAAACUGAUCAGUUUGACUGGACACUGGGUAGUGGGAAGACUAAGACAGGAGGAACAGGUCCUACAAGUGACCACACUACAAAAGGCACAGCAGGGACAUACAUUUACAUAGAGGCCUCUAGUCCCAGAAAACCUGGUGACCGUGCCCGUCUAGUCAGUGAGAGUUUGUCCUCUAAAUCAGCCAAGAAAUGUCUGCACUUCUUCUACAACAUGUACGGAAAGACUGUCGGCACUCUGAGGGUGUGGGCCUUGCCUCAGCUGGGCCCUAGCCUUCCCCUGUGGGAGUUGUCUGGCAAUCAAGGGGCAGAGUGGAAGGAAGGGCGUGUCAGCAUCCCAACAAUCUCCUCCUCCUUCAGACUUCAGUUUGAAGGGAUCAGGGGAGGCAACUGGAGUGGUGACAUUGCCCUGGAUGACAUAUCUCUUGACAAUGCUACAUCCUGCAGAUUAACACCGAGUAAUGCCAAAGCCACUGUGACUGCUGCAACAACUCGAGCUACAACUAUUGCUAAAACGACACCUACCCCAAAACACACCACACAGACAACAAAGCCGACUGUACGGACAACUGUGACAACAACGAAGGCUGCACCCAAGCCUACAGGAGGACCAGGCUUGCCGUGUACAUUUGACUAUGACCUGUGUGGCUGGAGUCCUGACAGCACUGACAAGAUCCACUGGAGGAGACAGCAGGGCCCUACAAGCACGGCGGAUACCGGACCCUCUGCGGACCACACCUCAGGGAAGGGCUACUACAUAUACAUCGAGUCCUCCCUGAUCACCCAGCGAGGACAGGAAGGGAAGCUUGUCAGUCCCAUCAUAACCCUUAAUGGACAGAGCAAAUGCUUCUCUUUUUGGUACCACAUGUAUGGGGAACAAGUCGCCGCCCUCAAUGUCUACUUCAAGGCCAGUGAGAAACUUGGCAAACCAGUCUUUAUCAAGAAGGGUAACCAAGGAAACAAAUGGAAGUUUGCUCAGCUGACAGUGACAGGAUCAUCCAAACUCCAGAUUGUGCUGGGCGGCGUUCAGGGGAAAAACGGAAAAGCAGACAUAGGUGUGGAUGAUGUGAAUAUCACAGAUGGACCCUGUGCAGACACAACUGCUGCACCAAGUGUGACCGGGACCAGAGCAACAUCAACAACAACAACAACAACAAGGCGUGUCAUCAGCUUCUGUGACUUUGAAGACAAAAAUUACUGUAAUUAUAAGCAGUCUGUGAAAGAUAAUUUUAAUUGGAAACAUCAGAAAAAUGGAACAGGUACUGGACAAACUGGACCCUCAUCUGACCAUACCCUGGGAACAGCUAAUGGGUACUACAUGUUCAUUGAUGCAUCAUCGCCACAGAAAUCCAACUACAAAGCCAGGCUGAUCUCCCCUACCUAUAAGACAGGUGGCAGCACCUGUCUACAGUUUUACUACAGCAUGUACGGGAAGAAUGUGAAUACUCUCAAGGUAUACGCCAUGGCCGGGCAAUCACUCGGGCCUGCAAUUUGGUUGAAGUCAAAAAACCAGGGAAAUCGCUGGAACCUUGCUCAAGUCACAGUAAAGAAAACAAGCAAAAUUGUAUUUGAGGGAAUUGUUGGUAAAGGCAUUCAUGGGGAUAUAGCUAUUGAUGAUGUGAAACUCACACAAGGCAGCUGUCUGAAUCCAGGCUCGUGUGACUUUGAAAACGACCUCUGCUCCUGGAGUCAAGUGGAUGAUGGAAGUGGAGAUGAUUUUGAUUGGGUGUCUCAUAAAGGGAAUACAUCCACAUCUGGCACAGGACCAACUAAAGAUCACACAGUGAAUUCUGUUUCUGGUACAUACAUGUUCAUAGAGGCCAGCAAGCCUCAGACUCCAGGUCAGAGAGCUCAGUUAAUGAGCGAGUCGCUCACGGCCACUGGCAAGUCCACAAGUUGCUUUCAGCUCUGGUACCACAUGUAUGGGGCCAACACUGGAAAUUUGCAAAUAUACCUGUCCCAGAAUGCUUCAGUGAAUACUUUAAUGUGGCAGCUGACUGGUAACCAAGGAAACCAAUGGCGUCUGGCACGGUUCCCAUUUCGCUCUAGUCAAGACUACAAUGUAAGAGUCUUGACAGGAAAGUUGCAUCUUGAACUUCUCUUACGCUUACAGUUGUUGUAUGAUAUUAUCCACUCAAAGUUUCUAAGUAAAACAGUUAUGUGCUUUUCUUCUUUGCAGCUGAUCAUUGAAGGAUCUGUUGGUUCAGGAGCGUCAGGUGACAUAGCAAUUGAUGACACACUACUGAAGAAGGGUAACUGUGGGAUUUACCCUGCCAAGGCUCGACCCCCUAACCAGAAAACAACCACCCCAGCCUCUACAGCCACGCCUAAACUAACUGUCCCUCCUACAUCCACUGUAGGCACUGUGGACUGCAACUUUGAGAAUAAUCUGUGUGGUUGGACGCAGGCGACAGAUGAUCGGUUCAACUGGACUAGGUUUAAUGGCAGUACUGGCACACUGAGCACAGGGCCACAAAUGGACCACACCACAGGACAUGGCUAUUAUGUGUUUGUGGAGGCAUCUGAUCCACAGAAAGCUGGUGACAAUGCCAAGCUAGUGGGCCCAGAAUUGGAACCUGCUGGGGGACGGUGUCUGGAGUUCUGGUACCAUAUGUAUGGUCCUCAUGUGGGUAUGCUCAAUGUGUACCUACAGACUGGAGCCGCUCUAGCUAAUCCAAUUUGGAAACGGGUGGGGAACCAAGGAGACAAAUGGAUCAAAGCCUCUGUCAAUGCUAACAGGACUGUUCAGUAUAAGGUGGUGUUUGAGGGUGUGAUUGGUGAUGGUUACUUAGGUGAUAUUGGUCUGGAUGACAUCACAUUGAAGCCUGGUGCCUGUGACAGUCUGACUACACCAGCGCCAUCCGGACCGCCCAGUUUGACCCUCACCUGUAAUUUUGAGCAAAAGGACAUAUGUCAGUUUGUGCAAGACAAGACAGAUCAGUUUGAUUGGCUCUACCAGGUGGGCAGAACUGUGUCAAGAAACACGGGGCCUUCAGCUGAUCAUACUUACGGGACUAAAGCAGGCCAUUAUGUGUACAUUGAGAGCUCUUCUCCAAGGGUCAUGGGAGACAUCGCCAGACUUCUUUCACCUCUCAUACAGAGCAGAACUCAGGGCCAGUGUUUGCAGUUCUGGUAUCACAUGUAUGGCAAAUCCAUUGGCUCCCUCAGUGUCAAGUUGAAGGUGAAUGACACCUUGGGGAAUCCCUUGUGGACAUUAUCUGGUAACCAGGGCAAUGUGUGGAGGGUGGAACAGGUGACCUUGCCUCGGGCAUCUGUCUCUAAACCUUUCCAGGUGGUGUUUGAGGGCAUGACUGGCCAGGGUGUACAAGGAGACAUAGCUCUGGAUGAUUACCAGGUAACAGAUGGAGAGUGUUCUGCUCCAGGUACGUGCGACUUUGAGACUGGCCCAUGUACAUGGCGAAAUGUGGUGAAUGGUGAUGUGUUUGAUUGGAUAAGCCACUCUGGGGGGACCUCCACACAGGACACAGGCCCGUCCACAGACCACACCUUCCUCAACAAUAAAGGUAAAUACAUGUUUGUGGAGGCAUCACCCCCAAGGGAUCCAGGAGAUACAUGUUGGCUAGUUAGUGAGAUGUUUGCCGCGACAACCGGGCGAUGUAUUGACUUCUGGGUGCACAUGAAUGGCAAAAACAUUGGCACACUGAAUGUCUAUCUGAAUGAUCUGAACGGUAGCAAGCAGCUCAUCUGGAAACUUUCCGGUGACCAUGGUGACAAAUGGAUUAAUGGACGAGCACCAAUCAAAUCUCCACGCUCCUAUCAGAUCAUUCUAGAGGGUGUGAUUGGUGAUGGAUUAGCUGGGGACCUGGCCAUUGAUGACAUCACUUUCCCGGACUCUACCUGUGGAGUGUCUCCAGCUGAGGCCAAACCAGCAGGUGUAACAGGUCCUACCACAAUCAGUACCACCCAGGCCACAACGCCAGUACCUGGCCCAUUUAAUUGUGACUUCGAAAAAAGAACUUGUGGUUGGACACAGGAUAAGACUGAUCAAUUUGAUUGGAAGAUUACUCAUAAGAAGACUGGUACCAAGGACACUGGACCCAUGGUUGACCACACCACGCGACAUGGGUAUUACAUCUACAUUGAAGCUUCCAAACCUCAGAAGAAGGGUGACAAGGCCCGAUUAAUCAGCCCGCCUCAGCGCCCUUUUGGCACAACCUGCGUCCAGUUCUGGUACUCUAUGUUUGGAGAACACAUCGAUACACUGAAUGUCUUCAUCAAGACAAAACCAAACCUGGACAGUCCAAUAUGGACAAAGAAAGGCAACAAAGGAAACAAGUGGUUAAAGGCACAAAUCGAUGUCAAGGCGCAAGUUUUGUAUAAUGUGGUGAUUGAGGCCACAGUUGGAGGGGGUAUCCGUGGCGAUAUUGCCAUUGAUGACAUCUCCAUCCAGAAUGGACCCUGCUUUCAAGUGGAGCCUUCCCCUGGACAAGCCAUUGGUGUGAAGUGUGAUUUUGAGUCAGAGGAUUUGUGUGGCUUUAUCCAGCUUAAAGGCCAGGAUAAAUUUGAUUGGACAAGAAUGACUGGACGAACUGGCUCCAAAGGCACAGGCCCAACCAAUGAUCAUACCUACAACACGGAUCAAGGUCAUUACAUGUACAUUGAGACCUCAUCUCCGAGGGUUGCUGGUGACAAUGCUAUCUUGGCCUCACAAUCUUAUUCUACAAGCCAGUUCCCAGCGUGCCUCCAGUUCUGGUACCACAUGUACGGCUCGGGGACAGGUACCCUUAAUGUGCGUGUUGGCACCAGUGGGGCUGUGGGCAAUGUUGUUUGGACCAAGACAGGUAACCAGGCCAAUAAGUGGCUAAGAGGUGAAACCCCAUUAACUGCUAACAACGCCAACUUCCAGAUACAGUGGGAAGGUGUCCGAGGGAAGAAUCCUGCCAGUGACAUUGCCAUUGAUGACAUUGUUAUCCUGAAUGGGACAUGUGGUGGACAGCCAGGCUUCUGCGACUUUGAACAAGGGGACACAUGUGGUUGGACGAACUCACAAGAGGAUGAUUUUGAUUGGAUAAUUGGUAGUUCCACGACGGAUACCCCUAGUACAGGACCAAGAAACGAUCACACGUUAAAUACAGCAGAGGGAAAGUAUUUGUACAUUGAAUCUUCUUCCCCAAGACGUGAGGGAGAUGUUGCUCAGUUGGUGAGUGAGACGUUUAAAGCAGGGAAAACCGCAUGUCUUCACUUCUGGUACCACAUGCAAGGUAUAGGGAUUGGGGUCCUCCGGGUUUGGCAGAGAAUGACGGAUGACAAAGGCUCUGGUAGACUUCUGUGGGAGCUCUCUGCUCACCAGGCUUACUCAUGGAUGGAAGGGGCAGUACCUGUCACAGGGAAUAAACCUUUCCAGAUCAUACUGGAGGGUGUGAGAGGCUCUAACACAGCUGGAGAUAUCUCACUGGAUGACAUCAGCCUGAGGGAUGGCCAGGCCUGUUUGGUCAGCCCAAGUAAGGCAGUUCCUGUCUCCUCUACAACAACACCUGCCCCUACAGCUACACCGGCCAGCACUACCCUUACAUUGUUCAAUUGCAACUUUGAUCAAGACCUUUGUGGUUGGACUCAGUCAAAGACUGACAAAUUUGAUUGGUCAAGAUGGAAAGGCCUAACCACUUCCCCUUUAACUGGACCAGAUUUUGACCACACUUCUAAAGACGGCUACUACCUCUUCAUUGAGACAACUGGUCCCAAGGCUGGAGACACAGCUCAACUGGUCAGCCCUCAGAUAAACGGAGCAGCAAAACAGUGUUUCAUCUUCUGGUACCACAUGUAUGGGGAUCAUGUUGACACCCUCAACGUUUACUUUGCCAAAGGAAAAGUUCGUGGGGAUCCUGUUUGGACGAAAAAUGGUACCCAUGGCAACAAAUGGCUGAUGGGAAGAGUACAGAUAAAUGGCGGCUCGGCUUCCUCAGCUGUAACAAAUGUGGUUAUAGAAGGAAGAAGAGGUGAGGGAUUUAGAGGAGACAUCGCAAUUGAUGAUGUCAGUUUGACAGCAGGUGCCUGCAAUAAGGUGACUUCCAAACCAUCCAAUCCUGACAGCACUUCUGCCACCCUGACAUCAACUUUUGACUGUGACUUUGAAAGCCCAGAUAUUUGUGGCUACGUCCAGAGUUCCACGGAUAACUUCAACUGGACACGCCAGAGUCAUAGCACCUUGUCAGUGGGCACUGGCCCAUCUGUUGAUCACACCACCGGCACAAAACAAGGUUAUUACAUGUUUGUGGAAGCCUCCCCUCCCCGUAAGCCAGGUGAAAGGGCCCGCAUUGCCACACCUCUCUCAGCUAAGGCCUCAGGGCAGUGUCUGCAGUUCUGGUACCACAUGUAUGGGAAGGACAUGGGCACACUGCAGGUGCACACUGUUGAUAACAGGACAAUAACCACAAGCAAGCUGCUGUGGACCAAGUCUGGAAACCAGGGGAAAAUCUGGGCACUUGAACAUGUGCCUCUUCCCCAAAUCCCUGUACAAAUGUUUUUCUUUCCACUUCAGAUUGUGUUUGAGGCUAUCCUAGGGAAGGGCCCUCUUAGUGACAUGGCAAUUGAUGAUGUCAAGCUGCUACGGGCAUGUCCCUCUCCAGGUGCUUGUACCUUUGAGACAGGGAUGUGUUCCUGGACCAACUCUCAGCAAGAUGAUGAAUAUGAUUGGGUCCUUCACACAGGUGCCACCAUCACAGGUGACACAGGACCCAGCUCUGACCACACCUACGGUAACAAGACAGGCCAUUAUAUGUAUGUAGAGAGCUCUGAUCCCCGUAAGCAGGGGGACAGGGCUAAGCUCUUGUCCCAGUCCUUUCCUCCCACGGGCCGCACAGGGCGCUGCCUUCACUUCUGGUUCCAUAUGUACGGCGCCUCCAUAGGAACGUUGAGAGUCUCUGUCCUACAGAAGCAGACCAACAGCACAUUAGUUUGGGAAUUGUCGGGAGACCAGGGGAACAAGUGGCUCAGUGGCCAGCUUCCAUUCUACAGCUCUGUGGACUAUACUCUGGUACUGGAGGCAGUCCACGGUGGAGGAUUUAAGGGGGACAUAGGGCUGGAUGAUAUAUCACUGACAACUGGCCAGUGUCAAAAGAUACAUCAGUACUGUGUUCUGUGGGACAGUUUGACUUUACUAUUCACCUCUGUCUGUUUCUCUGUAUCAACAGUCACCCCACCUGAGGCUGAGCCAGGUGUAGGACCAGCCCUGACAACACCUACCACAGCCGCCCCGAGUACUGCACCGACAUCAUCUCCGUCUCAAUACGACUGUGACUUUGAGCAGGAUCUGUGUAGCUGGCACCAGGUUACCGAUGACCAGUUUGAUUGGAUACGUCAAAAUGCUGACACAGAAACACCUGGGACUGGACCCUCCUUUGACCACACCCAAGGAACUGAUGAGGGUUACUAUGUAUACAUUGAUGCCUCUUUUCCGAGGAAGCUGAACGAUACAGCCCGCCUCAUCAGUGCUGUGAUCAACCCUCCUGCUGAGAAAUGUCUGAGUUUCUGGUACCACAUGUUUGGGACUCACGUCAACACCCUGAACCUCUACCUGAAGAUGCACGGGAACCUUGGCACACCUGUGUGGAUGAAGUCGGGAACACAAAGUAACAUGUGGUUACCUGCGUCUGUUAAUCUGGCAGUGUCCAGCUCUGCCCAGCUGGUGUUUGAGGCAGUGAGGGGCACGGACUAUCGGGGUGACAUAGGACUGGACGACAUCAGGCUGACCGAUGGGAAAUGUCCACCUGAGCUGGCAGCAGCCUGCACUUUUGAGGACCUCUGUGGAUAUACUCAGGAUGGAACUGAUGUGUUUGAUUGGACGCAAGCUUCAGGGAGGACCUCCUCCAACAAAACAGGCCCAGCCAAUGAUCACACCUAUGGCACAUCUUCAGGUAAAUACAUGUACAUUGAGGCCUCCAAACCCCGUAAGCCAGGAGAUAAAGCACGCCUGCUGAGCCCCGUGAACCAGGCCACUAAUGGAGCAUGUCUACAGUUCUGGUACCACAUGUAUGGCUCCAGCAUUGGUCAGCUUAUCGUGUACAUCAAGUCACAGGACAGCCUGGGUGUACCUGCCUGGAAACUCUCUGGUAACCAAGGUAACAGAUGGCAGCUGGCCCAGGUGACUGUCACGAGUCCAUCUACCUGGCAGGCUGCGUUUGAAGGCACCACAGUAAAAGGUAUAAAAGGAGACAUUGCUAUUGAUGAUGUGAAGCUUGUUACUGGAGCGUGCCAGGCACCAGGAGACUGUAAUUUUGAACAAGGGAUGUGUACCUGGACACAGUACAGUAAACUGUACAAGGGAGAUGAUUUUGAUUGGCUGCGAGCUAAAGGCAGCACCCCGAGUACGUACACAGGACCUGUGUAUGAUCACACCAGAGGGGACUCGGAUGGAUACUACAUGUUCAUUGAGGCAUCUGUACCCCGUGUCCAUGGUGAUGCUGCCAGACUCAUCAGCUCUGCAUUCUCCCCUACCAAGACGACUCGCUGCUUUCACUUCUGGUACAACAUGGAUGGCGUAGGAAUUGGAUCUUUAAGUGUUUUCUUGAGGGAGGAAGUCAGCAAUAAUACCAGAGUGUUGUGGAAGCUGUCUGGAAACCAGGGCACGGGUUGGUUUAAUGCUCAAGUGUCCUUCAGCAGUAGUACCAAAUACAGGCUGUACUUUGAGGGAGUGCGUGGUAUCAGUAAUUUUGGUGACAUUGCAAUAGAUGAUCUGAUGUUCUCUGACUCCGCUUGUGGUUAUGUACCACCUUCUGCCAACCCAUCCCAACAGACAACAACAACAGGCCCAUCCACUGUCACACCCACACCAUUUGUGUCACAAGGAAUUAAUGACUGUGACUUUGAGAAGGACCUCUGCGGUUGGAGUCAAGCUAAGGGAGACAACUUCGACUGGGCCCGUGCUCAGAGUCCACAGGGCACUGUACAAACUGGUCCGACAUUUGACCACACCACAGCUAAAAGAGACGGUUGGUAUGUGUACAUCCCUGAGUCUGUCCCUAAGCAAACUAACUCUACCGGUCAGCUCGUGUCCAGCUUGCUCAAUGAAGCUCAGGCCUACUGUCUCCAGUUCUACUAUCACAUGUAUGGCUUUAACAUCAACAGACUCAAUAUCAGGAUCAAGACGGGUGACACACUGUCCACUCCACUGUACAGUAAAUCUGGAACCCAAUCUAACGACUGGCAGAUGGGCAGCAUCCAGCUGGCCAGUCAGAGCAGCAAAUACCAGGUUGUGUUUGAGGCUGUCGAAGGUCCGGACUAUCAGGGAGACAUUAGCCUGGAUGAUAUCAAGGUCAUCCCAGGCAAUUGCCCUGAUAUCUCAUCUGUGCAGUGCACAUUUGAGCUGAGUGACCUGUGUGGCUGGGAACAGUUGUCUGAUGACAACUUUGACUGGAAGCUGAAGAGUGGAAAAACUUUAACUGAGGAGACUGGACCUGAGAGUGACCACACUGAUGGAACAGCUAACGGUCACUAUCUGUAUAUAGAGACAAGUUCACCCAGGACUAAAGGUGAUCUUGCCCGCCUGGGAUCUCCCUUGGUGGCACAAGUCAGCCCACAGUGUCUGAGUUUCUACUACAGCAUGUACGGUGACCAGGUGGGAAGCCUCAAUGUCUACCUCAAGGUGAACGGUGUGCAGUCUGUGAAUCCACUAUGGACACGCUCAGGCAAUCAGGGAGCGGGGUGGAUCAAGGGACAGACAACCAUACAGGCUGCAGCUCCCUACCAGGUUGUUUUUGAGGGAGUUGUUGGGGCUGGACGUUAUGGUGACAUAGCCAUAGAUGAUGUAGAAGUCAUGGACGGAGCAUGCCCUCUGACAGGUGGCUGUGACUUUGAGCGGAAUAUGUGUACGUGGACAAACCCUAGAAAAGUAGAUCAGUUUGAUUGGGUGAUUGGAGCAGGAAAUACAAAGACAUUGCUGACUGGCCCUAGCACAGACCACACCUUGGCAACAAGCAAAGGUCACUAUGUGUUUAUUGAUGCCUCCCCACCAAGAAACCCCAAAGACAAGGCAUGGCUUCAAAGUUCAAAACUUGACCCCUCAGCCACACGGUGUCUGACUUUCUGGUAUUUCAUGUAUGGUGCUGAUGUUGGCGCUCUCCGAGUCCUUCUGCAAGACACUACCACCAAGACUACCUACACUCUGUGGGAGAUUUACGGGGACCGUGGCAACCAGUGGUUUAAUGGCCGCCUUCCCGUCAUGGAUCCCAACCCUCACUAUGUGAUAUUUGAGGCUGAGAGAGGACAAGGAGAGAAAAGUGACAUCGCUGUUGAUGACAUCGCCUUUACAGACAGCUACUGCACUUUGUAUCCCAAUGAUGCCAACCCGGACACUCUGCCACCGUUUUUCAGCACACAGACACUCUUCUCCCCAACAACACUUCCUCCAGUACCUUCCCAGUAUGACUGUAACUUUGACAAAGGACUAUGCUCCUGGUAUCAACAGACCACUGACAACUUUGAUUGGAUACUUACCAACACCUCCACGGUUAACCAGAAUGGUGGGCCAGCCAGUGACCACACAACAGGAUCAGGGUUCUAUGUAUACAUCAAUGCCCUAGCUCCGAGGGUUCCAAAUGACACGGCUCGACUUGUGUCCGCAAACAUCACAGCUAACACAGGCGCUUGUCUGCGCUUCUGGUACCACAUGUAUGGCGCCCAUGUCAACACUCUCAAUGUCUAUGUCGUGACGUCCGCAGGAAUGGGUGCACCAGUCUGGGAGAGAACAGGGACACAGGGCAACGUGUGGAAGCAAGCUGAGGUUAACAUACAGUCACUUCAGCAGUUCCAGCUCGUUUUUGAAGGAGUAAGGGGAAUAACUUGGGAAGGGAGCAUUGCUGUGGAUGACAUUACCUACUCCACUCAACCUUGCCCUUAUGCAACAGCCCAGAACUGUGACUUUGAGGACAGUAAGCUGUGUGGGUUUAUCCAGGACAAAGGAGACGAUAAGUUUGACUGGAGCUGGGCGAGCGGGGGAACAAUCUCGUCGGGCACAGGGCCUCCCAGUGACCACACCUACGGAUCUAAAACAGGGCAUUACGUGUUCAUUGAUGUGAGUGACCCACGCGUUGCUGGGGAUAACGCCUUCUUGAUAAGCCCACUCUUCCCGCCAGCUCUGGGCAAAUGUCUGGAGUUUUAUUAUUACAUGUAUGGCAGUGAUGUUGGGACGCUCAACAUAUACCAGACAACUCUCACGCAAAACACCAAAAUCUGGAGCAAAACUGGAGAUCAAGGAAAAGGCUGGUUCCAUGCUUUUGCACCAAUCAAAAGCCAAGACAAUUUCACCAUCUCCUUUGAAGGCAUUACUGGUAAUGGUUUCCGUGGAGACAUCGCUAUUGAUGACUUGAAGAUCAAGUCAGAAUCCUGUCCAACGAAAGGAGGCUGUGAUUUUGAGCAUGGUCUAUGUUCCUGGACUAACAUUCAGCGAGGGGACAAGUUUGAUUGGGUGAUAUCUCAAGGAACUACCUCCACCCAGUUUACCGGACCAUCUUAUGACCACACAAUUCAAACUGAAAAUGGACAUUACCUUCUGAUGGAAGCAGACACAGCUAGUAAGUGGGGUUCGACAUGUCAGAUAUCCAGCCAGAUGUUUCCAGCAACUUCCAGUGGCUGUUUCCGAUUCUGGUUCUACAUGUAUGGCUCUGGCGUGGGAACUUUACGGGUGCUCCUUAUGAUCCCUGGAGCCAGGUAUUCUAUCCUGUGGACCCUGAGAGGUGACCAAGGUGACCAGUGGUUGUAUGCACAGACCCCUAUUGACAGCAAGGGAAAGAGCUUUAUUAUCACCAUGGAGGGACGGCGCGGAAGUUCUACAGUAGGGGACAUCGCUAUAGAUGAUUUGUCCUUUACUAACGACAUCUGUGGAGUCCAACCCCAGAAGGCCCGCCCAGGGUUUAGACCCUCCACCUCCACCAUACCCACCACAACCACCCCCAGGGUAACAGAGGUGACCCCAGCACCCACCCAGUAUGACUGUAACUUUGAAAGUGGCUUAUGCGCCUGGACUCAGGACACUGCGGAUGACUUUGACUGGGAUAGAACACAAGGCCCCACCAGCAGCAAGUCUACAGGACCUACGAAUGACCACACUUAUGGAAACAGUUCUGGCUGGUACAUGUUUAUCGAGACUUCCCCGCCCCGCUUACCCUAUGACAAGGCCCGUCUGAUGAGCCAGCUAAUCAGUGAUGGGGUGACACGCUGCCUAAGCUUCUGGUACCACAUGUACGGCGCACACAUCAACAAACUUAACGUCUACCUCAUGACCUCGGAUGGACUGGGUGACCCAGUGUGGACAAAAUCUGGCACCCAAGGGGAUACUUGGCACAAGGGGUCUCUUACUAUACAGUCUAAGGCCACCUACCAAGUUGUAUUUGAGGCUAUUCGAGGUUUGAGCUUGAAUGGUGACAUAGGAUUAGAUGACAUCCGGGUUUCUUCAGGACCGUGUUCCUCAUCAGCAAAAACUGUCAUUGAUUGUGACUUUGAGUCACAGUCUCUCUGUAACUACAAGGUAGAUGAUGGGAACAUGCCAGGAUGGACAUGGCAAGCAGGAUCCACCCAGACAUUCAAAACUGGCCCCAAAUAUGACCACACUCUCAACUCUAAGGAUGGCCACUAUGUGUAUGUGGCCUCCAGGCUUGCAUCAAAAGUGGUGAAGUUCAAAUCACAUUUAACUAGUCCUUUGGCCACUCAUACGUCCGAUGCACAAUGCUUGCAGUUCUACUACCACAUGUAUGGGAGAGACAUAGGCUGGCUUAACAUCUACCUGCUGAAUGCCACUCAGACUGUUGCCAAUGGUCAGCUGGGAAGUCCACUGUGGUCAAGGGCUUUUGACCAAGGGAACCAGUGGCUGGAAGGCCAGGUCACUCUACACCCUGCACAGAGCUUUAAAGUUGUAUUUGAAGGGGUCUAUGGAUUAGGACGUUUUGGGGAUAUUGCUCUUGAUGAUGUCAGCCUGAAAGACAAGACAUGUUCAAAACCAGGUUUUUGUGACUUUGAGAAUGGCCUAUGUACUUGGACAAACCAGGCUGGUGAUGACUUUGAUUGGGUCAGGGGUCACGGCUCAGAGAUGUCUACACACAAGGGACCAAGUUCCGACCACACGUUGGGCACAAAAGAUGGGACAUAUAUGUAUGUGAAGCCGGGCAAACCACAAAAAGCAGGCGAUGUGGCCCUGCUGGGCAGCACCGUGUUCCCGCCCAGUAACCAGUCAGUCUGUAUGAGUUUCUGGUAUCACAUGUACGGUGCAGACAUUGGUACGCUCAACAUCUACAUAAGGACAGACGUGGCCAAUAAUCAGUCCCGAUCCACCAGGUGGAGCCUGGAUGGCGAUGCUGGCUCCGAUUGGUUGAACGGUCAGUUACCCAUUGGACAGCAAUACACACAGAAUCCUUACCAGGUGACGUUCGAGGCUGUUCUGUCUUAUGGAGCAGUUGGGGACAUCUCAGUGGAUGAUUUAACAUUUACGGCUGGAGACUGUCAGGUUGUGCCUGACUAUGCCGACAUCACUGAUACAUCCCCGACCUAUGCUGAAUGUGACUUUGAAGGAGACCUGUGUGCCUGGACUGUGCUAGCCUCCCCUUCCUCAGCCUAUGUCUGGGGCCGGUACAACGGCAGCACGCUGACUAGGGGGACAGGCCCUCUGACUGGACAUGGUGGUGACGGAUUCUAUGCAUAUGUGGAGAGUUCACCGAAUGGAAAGUCUGGCGACUCUGCCGCCAUACAGACCCCUGUCCUUGCGGCCUCGUCGACUGCAGGGAACUGUCUGUCCUUCUGGUACCAUAUGUAUGGCCCCACCAUUGGACAGCUGAAUGUGUAUGUGAGCACUUCUGGAGAGAGAACACUGCGCUGGCAAAAGUCAGGCACUCAGGCAAACAAGUGGAUGUUUGGACAGUUUACCAUUCGGUCACUUAAUGAUUAUCAGAUAACAGUCGAAGCUGUGAUGGCAAAGGGACGCCUGGGAGACGUGGCUAUAGAUGACAUUUACUUGGACACAGCACCCUGUCCUGCUACGAAGACAUGCAGCUUUGAGGUGGAUUAUUGCGGAUGGAGCCAGGAUAUGAGCCAGCCUCUCAACUGGACCCGACUGACCCCUGACAAGACACAGCCUCAACAGGGACCCUCUGUAGACUAUACCACACACACGACUCAAGGUCAUUUCAUCUCUCUGAUGCUGGGCCCCUCCUCCCACAUCGGUGACUUCACUCAGCUGACCAGCCCUGUCUUCCCACCCACCUCCACCAUUGGAGAAUGCUUCCAGUUUUACUACUACAUCUCUGGACCCACUACAGGGAUUGUGAGAGUGAACAGCCAGGCUGUUGGAGGGUCUGAAGGGGAGGACUCUAGCUCCUUAGACACCCAUGUGCUCAACCAGUGGCGCUUUGCUCAGAUCCCUAUCCACAGUCCCACGGACAGCUACCAGAUUGUGAUAGAUGGCAUUGCUGGCAGGUCCCCAGGGGGCUCGAUUUCAUUGGAUGACCUCUACCUUAACCCCGCACCUUGCCCUCCUCCAGGGUCAUGUGACUUUGAGGCCGGACUGUGCGGUUACAUGAACUCACCUGACGAUGAUUUUGAUUGGCUGAGAGGAUCAGGAAUAACACUCUCUGUUUUCACAGGCCCUAAGAUUGACCACACAACAAACUCAGAUUCAGGCUCAUACAUGUUCAUCGAGUCCAGCACUAGAGGGCUGAAGCCUGGAUCCAAGGCGUGGCUCGUGUCUGAAUCCCUGUCCCCGACAACAGGUGCCUGUUUGACUUUCUGGUAUCACAUGUAUGGAGCAGGCACAGGAAGUUUUGCAGUACAUCUUAUCACUCUUGUCCAGUCCAUCAACACAACACUGUUUUCUGUGUCUGGUAACCAUGGCAAUGUGUGGCUAAGUGGAAAGGUGAAUGUAACGAGUAUCAAUGAGUACAAGAUUGUGUUUGAGGCUGUCAAGGGGAGUAACUCCACCAGUGACAUUGGCCUGGAUGACAUUAGGAUAACUCCUGGUCUCUGCUCCUUGCAGAUGACCCCCACCCCUGCCACAGCCACUGCCACACCCACCCCAGCAACGACAUUUGCUUGUGAUUUUGAGAAUGGCUUGUGCAACUGGAAGCAGGAUACCACUGAAAAGUUUGCCUGGGGUCUUAUCAGUAACAAAGCAGCCGUCCGUACUUUACCCAAGUAUGACCAUACAACCGAUUCCUAUCAAGGUCACUAUGUCUAUGGGAGGACCUCGAGAUCUGCUAACAGCUCUGCUCGUUUGCUAAGCCCCCACUGUACACCCCUGGGAGUCUGCCUGACGUUCUGGUACUACAUGAGCGGACAGGAUGUGGAUACUCUUAAUGUCUACCUCCAGCAGGGCUCUCUUGGGGACCCUGUUUUCACUCGCGAUGUGUCUAAAGGAGCACAGUGGAACUAUGCUCAGAUAGCACUCCCCCAGCAGUCUGGUGCCCAGAUCGUGUUGGAAUCUCGUGCUAAUAAGAACUACAAGGGUGGAGUUGUUUCCCUUGAUGACAUCAGCGUCAUAUUGGACAAGUGCCCUGCCAUGAAUACCUGUGACUUUGAGGAGGAUACACUGUGUGGUUAUCAGCAAGACCAGCAGGAUGAUGCUGAUUGGACAAGAGCAUCCCAUAAAAACAAUGGACCAGUCAAUGAUCACACAUAUGGAAGCACAUUAGGUCACUACAUCCUGUUGGACCUGUCCGCAGUGGAGGAAGAACAAGUCGCUCGUGUGUACAGCCCUGUGUACAGUCCUUCAGCCACACAGUGUAUCACAUUCUACUAUCGCAUGAGAGGCGACGACGUGGGCACUUUGAAUGUGUAUGUGUUCAGCAGUGGUCAGCUUGGGAAAGCUGUAUGGUCACUGUAUGGUGACCAGCUAGACAUGUGGAAUAAGGGUAGUGUGACGGUUGGCAGUGCUGACCCGUAUCAGGUCGUGUUUGAGGCUGUAAGAGGCUCUUCAGAAGAAGGGGUCAUUGCCCUUGAUGACAUUUUGCUGAAUGAGGGUGAAUGUCCACCUCUGGGGACAUGUGACUUUGAACUUAAUCUGUGUGGGUGGUCACAGAGUAAAGAUGACAAGUUUGACUGGGAAAGACUGCACGGGGCCAGUCCCACAGUUAACACAGGCCCUCGCUCUGACCACACCCUGGGAAAUGCAGAGGGUACCUACAUGCUGCUGGAAUCCAGUUAUCCCCAGCGUCCAAAUGACACAGCUGUGCUGAUAUCUGAAGUUAUCCCCCUUGACCAGGCCAGCCAGGGGUUCUGCUUCAGGUUUUGGUAUAAUAUGUUUGGUGCUAAUGUGGGCUCAUUGGUUGUGUACAUCAAAUACAAGGACAUGGACAAACAGAAGGUGUGGAGUAAGGUGGGCUCAGGCUUCCUAGCUUGGAUCCAGGGAGAAGCCAAUAUCCCCACCCCAGUAGACUCCUUUGUGAUAUUGGUGGAAGGAACUGUUGGAAACGGAGUCACAGGUGAUAUAGCAGUGGAUGAUUUUGCUUUGGAUUUUACUGGCUGUAUUGAACCAGAGGGUCCACAUUUUGUAAGCUGUGAGGAUCCAGGAAGAAACAAAGUCCCCUCAACCCAAUUCUGUGACUUUAAAGUUGACUGUCCGAAUGCCCAAGACGAAGAAAAUUGCGGGGACUGUGACUUUGAGGAUGGGUUGUGUUCCUGGGAAGAUCAAAGCACAGGAACCUACAAGUGGACUAGAGCUAGGAAUCAAACAGUUAUAGCCAACACGGGACCAGCAUUUGAUCAUACAUUAGCAGGAGCCACAGGUUACUACAUGUUCCUGGACGCCAACACUGGCAAGAACACUUUGAGCAGUUAUGCAGAAUUAGUAGGCAACCCACUUCAACCCUGCAGCUCCACUUGUCAACUUCAAUUCUGGUAUCACAUGUAUGGAAAAGGAAUUGGCUACUUGAGCGUGAUCAUUUGGGAGAGUGGGAGAUCAACGACUGUAUGGGAACUCCGCACUGAUGGGGGAAAUGUCUGGAGGCAGGCCACUGUGGACAUUGGCCGCAUCUCAAACACUUUUGAGGUGGCCUUCCGUGGGAGACGUACCUUCAGUGUUUUGGGUGACAUAGCUAUUGAUGAUAUCCAGUUUAUUAACUGUAACUUCCCACCGGUCCAGCCAACGUGCCUGCCCAGCCAGUUCCGGUGUGAGAGGAAGUCCUGUGUGCAGCAGGAGAUGGUCUGUGACUUCAGCGAUGACUGUGGUGAUAACUCUGAUGAGAAGAAUUGUGCUUCUUAUCCCGCUCGCUGUGAUUUUGAGGAAAGCCUGUGCGACUGGUCACAAGAUAAAUCAGAUGAUUUUGAUUGGUCAAGGAAGAGUGGCAGGACAAUCACGUCAGGGACAGGCCCUACUAGAGACCACUCCAGAGGAACUGGUACAGGUCAUUACCUCUAUAUUGAAUCGUCAAGUCCCAGGAAAAAGGGAGACAAAGCUCGAUUGGUCAGUCCUACCUUCUCAGCUAGCUCAACCAGCCGGAAAAGGAGAGAUACUUCGUCCAUCUGUAUGGUGCGUUUGUUCUACCACAUGUAUGGAACAACUAUUGGAUCUCUCAGUGUCUACACCAGAAACUCUAUCAAUGGACCGCUAAAGAAAAUUUGGUCCAGGGUGGGGAAUAUGGGUGACUACUAUGAGAGAGCAGACAUCCAGAUCUUUGAGUCCCAACCAUUCCAGGUUAUAAUUGAGGGUGUGGUUGGUGGUUACCUUGGCGACAUUGCUGUAGAUGACCUCUCGAUGACACCUGAAUGCAAGGUUAUGACAGUUCCUCUGCCCUCUGGCUCCCCUCCUCCCUCGACCACACCCAGUGUUUGUAGGGGUGGCUAUCAGUGUUCUGAUGGGGCGUGUAUUAAUCAGACCCAGGUGUGUGACUUCAGGCAAGACUGUACUGACGGGAGAGAUGAACUCAACUGUGGUACUUGUACAUUUGAGAGCUCUCAGUGCGGAUGGACUGAUGUCAGCAGUGGGAAGUACGAGUUUCACCUUUAUAACGGGGUGUCACCUGGUCGGUACGGUCCAGCUACUGACCACACUCUGGGGAGCAACAUUGGUCAUUAUAUGGUGGUGGAGGGAUCCAGCGGGGUGUUCUCAUCGCGCGCCCUGAUGGAGACACCAGUCUUACAGGCCACAGCAGCCAGUUGCAGAAUGGAAUUCUUCUACCAUAUUUACGGAGCUGGAGGUAACAUGAGAGUGCGGCUUGUGAACAGUUUGAAUCCACAGGACAGGACUUAUCUGUUUGCUCUGACGGGUAACCAAGGCAAUAUGUGGAAGCGAGCAUCUGUUGACAUCGGAGAGUUGAAUGCUGGGUAUAAGGUUCAGUUUGAGGCAAUGCCGGGCAGAAGUAGCUUCUUUGGCCGUGCUCAAGACACAGACAUGGCUGUUGACGACAUUAAAUUCUUGGACUGUGACCCAGAAGCUAUUUACAAUGACACCAGUGAGUACUACCUGAAUUGUACAUUUGAGACCGGUUUGUGUGGCUUCUUCCAAGAGUCAAGAGAUGACUUUGACUGGACAAGGACAAAUACCAGCUCCCCCACCCCGGGGACUGGUCCUGACAGAGAUCACACAACUGGUACAGGUUUCUAUGUCUACAUGGAGACAUCCAACCCACGUCACAAGGGUGAGGUCGCAGGGUUAUCAUCUGGUUUACAACCUCCCACCCCUAAAGAGGGAAUCUGCUUGACUUUCUGGUACCAUAUGUAUGGGGCCUAUGUGAACACACUAAAUGUGUAUGUACAAGAUGGACCCCGGAAAAAGACACUGGUGUGGACAAAGGCUGAUACACAGGGUAAUGUGUGGAGGAAAGCUCAAAGGACACUGCACAGUGUUAUCCCAUAUCAGCUUGUGUUUGAAGGUGUAGUGGGCUACAGCUGGUUAGGAGAUAUUGCCCUGGAUGAUAUUGUUGUUACAAACGGCCCCUGUCCACCUCAGAAGGUGUGCGACUUCGAGGUAGGAUUCUGUGACUUCACACAGGACACAGACGAUGAUUUUGAUUGGACAAUCAACACAGGAGGGACAGGAACAUUUGGUACAGGACCUGUGGCUGACCACACCACAGAGUACAGUAAAGGACACUAUGCUUACAUAGAAUCCUCUAGAGAAGUUCCCGGAGAUGUGGCCAGACUGACCAGUGCCAUCUACGAGCCGUCAAACAAACCAGAGUGUGUGGAAUUCUGGUAUCACAUGUAUGGAGCCAAUAUUGGUCAACUGAACGUGUAUAAGAUGGUUAAUGGUCAGAGAUACAGUAUGUUAACCAGGAAAGGGAACCAGGCUGACAUGUGGAUUCAGGGGUCAUUCACAGUCAAUGAGACUCUGCCAUGGCAGCUUGUGUUUGAGGGUGCAACAUCAACUGGUGUACAAGGUGACAUUGCCAUAGAUGACAUUCAGGUUAUUCCAGGAAGUUGUCCUCAGCCAGGGUCAUGUGAUUUUGAACAUGGCUUCUGUGGAUUUACCAAUGGCCAUGGAAGGGAUGAUUUUGAUUGGCUCAGAACAACAGGGGGCACAUCUUCUCCAGGAACCGGACCAAUUGUAGAUCACACCACAAACAGUGAUCAAGGGUUUUACCUGUAUGUGGAGGCCUCAGGGAGGAAUAAGGGUGAGAGGGCCUGGCUGUUCAGUGAAUACUUACCCCCGACCACAGGAUCCUGUUUGAACUUCUGGUACCACAUGUAUGGGGCAGAUAUUGGGAGUCUUCGAGUGUACCAGCCAGACCCUGCAAGGACUCGACUUCUAUGGAACAUGACAGGAGACCAGGGCAAUGGCUGGCAACUGGCGCAAAUCUUCAUAGACAGCCCGAUCGCGUACCAGCUCACAUUUGACGGAGAAAUUGGUGAUGGUUUCCACGGAGACAUAGCAUUAGAUGACAUCAGGUUGACUCCUGGAGACUGUGUCAACUUUACCAUGAUGACAACAACAACAUCAGUACCAACUUCCAAGCAGACAUUCCCACCUAUGAUAUUCAACUGUGACUUUGAACAGAAGACAAUAUGCACUUGGCAGCAAGACUCAACAGAUAGGUUUGACUGGACACUACAGAAAGGACAAACAAGCUCUAAGAAGACAGGCCCAGAGUUUGACCAUACCACUGACACAGAUAAGGGCUACUAUGUGUACAUAGAAGCCAGCCAUCAUACUGCCAAUGAUACAGCACGCCUGAUAAGCCAGAGCAUGAUGGUGGACAACAUGGGCAAAUGUGUGAAGUUCUGGUACCAUAUGUAUGGACGACACAUCAGCCAACUGAAUGUCUAUGCUAAACUCGGAGACGUACUCAGUUAUCCUGUGUGGAAAAGAGUUGGUAACCAAGGAAACCAGUGGAAAUACGGCAGUGUCUACCUGACACCGGACACUGUCCCUGUGUUGAGCUCUGGGAACUCUGUCCCUGCACAGACCACUAUCUCGGUGGUGUUUGAGGGUGUAAUCGGGGCUGGUGCUGCUGGGGACAUUGGUUUGGAUGACAUUGCUGUUAAUGACGGUCCAUGUCCCACUUCAUACUCCUGUGACUUUGAGGCUACAGAUUUGUGUGGGUAUCAACAAGACACAACUGAUAUAUUUGACUGGACAAGAAGCUCUGGCCAGACAAAGUCAGCUGGUACAGGACCAAAGAAUGAUCACACAUAUGGCACAGCUGUGGGAUAUUACAUGUACAUUGAGACAUCCCAACCACGUAAAAAGGGUGACAAGGCUCGUUUGGUCAGCCCCACAUAUCAACCCACCUCAGGCAGAUGUCUGCGGUUUUACUACUACAUGACUGGCAGGUCGAUGGGAUCAUUAAACAUUUAUGUGAGAAAGGACGGAAAGCUGGGGCAGCCAGUCUGGAGCAGGUCUGGGACCCAGCCAGAUGGAUGGUGGAUUGGUCAGGCAACACUAAACAGUGAUGUAGACUUUGAGAUCGUAUUCGAAGGUGUUCGGGGGCUAAGUGGACUCAGUGACAUCGCUAUUGAUGACCUCCAGCUGCAAAAUGGUGCCUGCCCAGACCCUGGAAGUUGCGAUUUUGAGUCCAAUUUCUGCACUUUCAUCAAUGAUGAACAAGGAGACGACUUUGAUUGGUUGAGGCACCAUGGUGGGACGGGAACUAAAAAUACUGGGCCCACAGUUGAUCACACAUUAGGAAACAAGGAAGGUUACUAUGUGUAUGUGGAAGCCUCGGCCCCUCAGCAUACAGGGGACAAAGGAGUUCUACGGUCUGAGAUCUUCAACCCAGGACAGGACAGGUGCCUUUCCUUCUGGUACCACAUGUUUGGUAACAAGAUGGGCACGCUGAAUGUCUACAUUGAUGAGACAGGCUCCCCAGAUUUGAGGCAACUAUUUCAGUUCAGGGGUGCACAGGGGAAUAAGUGGCAACAGGAGCAGGUGACAAUCAAUGGACAAAGCGACUUCUCUGUGGUCUUUGAAGGGAUCAUAGGUUCUGGACUGGCCAGCGACAUGGCCCUGGAUGAUAUCCAGACAACGGCUGGCGCGUGCCCAGAGCCCUCAGCCACACCUGCCCAGUUUGAUUGUGGCCAGGGACAUUCCAUAAGUUUAGACAAAGUCUGUGACUUCCAACCCAACUGCCCCAAUGGAGAAGAUGAGAUUGGAUGUGGCAACUGCACCUUUGAGGCAAGCCAGUGUGGCUGGAAGGACCUUAGCAAGGGCUCGUUUGCCUGGGCUGCUGGCAAGAACGGCACAGCCAAGUCCAAUAUGGGCCCGUCCACUGAUCACACUCUCGGCAAUGCCAAAGGCGUUUAUAUGUAUGUGAAGGGUAAUUACGGCAAGUUCAACGACCUCGCAGCAUUUGUCAGCCCAGUUCUGCACCAGUCCUCAUCCACUUGCCAGCUGAAAUUCUACUAUCACAUGUACGGCCGAUCUAUUGGAAUGCUAUCAGUUGUUGUGCGAACUGGAUACAGACUUACAACUGUUUUCAGAAAAUCUGGCGAUCAAGGCAACAAGUGGAAUUUUGGUGUGGUGAAUAUUGGGAGAAUCAACCGAGACUUUCAGGUCAUCAUACAAGCAAAGAGAUCCUUCUCAGUGUUUGGGGACAUGGCUAUUGAUGAUGUUAGUUUAGUGAACUGUGCCUUGCCUCCUGUGGAGACCAGCUGUUCUUCAGCUCAGUUCCGAUGUGACAGUGGUGCCUGUGUGGACAAGCUCCGCGUUUGUGACUUUGUGGAUGACUGCGGGGAUGACAGUGACGAGGCAAAAUGUUCCAUGUACGUGUCCCGCUGUGACUUUGAGCAGUCCCUCUGUGACUGGACACAGGAUUCAAAGGACCAGUACAACUGGAUGCGAAUAGCUGGAGCCACAAAAACACCUUUGACUGGCCCCACCCAUGACCACUCUGUCGGACUGGUGACAGGCCAUUACAUAUAUGCCGAGUCAUCCUAUCCUCACAAGAAAGGAGACAAAGCCAGGAUAGUUAGUCCCGUGUGGCAGCCAGCCGUCAAAUCUGAUGAUUGUGUCUUCAGCUUUUAUUACCACAUGUAUGGUGUAAAUACAGGCAGUUUGAAUGUGUACACCAGGGUUCAGAAUGGAGGCUACUAUACCAAAGUGUGGAGUAAGUCGGGAAACAUCGGGGACACCUGGACUAAGGCCACUGUGACUCUGACUAGCAACAGUAACUUCCAGGUUCUUGUGGAAGCAAUAAGGGGAGCCAGCGCUUAUGGGGAUAUUGCCUUAGAUGACACCACGUUUUCUACAGGUUGUAAGAAUACAACAGGUGUAACAUUGCCCACACCUAUUACACCAGCUACAUCUGCACCACCAAGCUAUCUACCAUGUGGGGAACAGUCGUUUUACUGUGAGGAUGUGACAAGGGCAUGUAUACCCAAAUCAAAGGUGUGUGACUUUCAUCCCGAUUGUCAGGGUGGCAGUGAUGAGGUCAACUGUGGACCAUGUGACUUUGAAUCCGAUCAGUGUGCCUGGGACGAUGUGAGUACGGGCAGGUAUGACUGGUCUCGCCACCAGGGGGCCACGCCCAGUAAACAAACCGGACCUAAAGCUGACCAUACAAAAGGCAACUCCAAUGGUUAUUACAUGUAUGUGGAAGGUGCUAAUGGUGAGUUCUUCACAACUGCAGUGUUGCGCAGUCCAGUCUUGUCAAACUCAUCUGGCAACUGUGAAAUGUACUUUUGGUAUAACAUGAAUGGCAAAAAUGUUGGAACUCUUCUGGUCACUGCAAUUGUUAAUGGACAGAAAACUAUCUUGUGGCGAAAGACUGGAAAUCAAGGUAUAAAGUGGGUUAAAGGAACAGUUUACAUCGGAGAAAAGAUGGGAAGCUUGACUAGUAGUUUUAAUUUGCAGAUCGAGGUUCUACCAAGAAGAGGAUUUUCUGCAUCCCAGACAGAUGAUAUUGCCAUUGAUGACAUUUCUUUUGCAAAUUGCAACCCUAAUAUUGUCCCUCCAAAUGUUACAUGUGACUUUGAAACAGACUUGUGUAACUGGAAUCAAGCAUUGGAUGAUGUAUUUGAUUGGACAAGGACAAACCAAUCAACACUGACAAUCAGCACAGGUCCAACCUCUGAUCAUACAACUGGGUCAGGGUUUUUCGUCUACAUUGAGACCUCAAAACCUAGAAAACAGGGAGAUGUAGCUCGUCUCGAUUCUGAUCCCCUACCCCCAACAUCAGUAGAAGGCUCUUGUGUUUCCUUCUGGUACUACAUGUUUGGUUCUGAUAUAGGAAAAUUGGAUGUUUAUCUUGAAAAUGCCCAGAACAGGACACUGUUCUGGUCCAAAACUGGAACACAGCUCGAUGGCUGGAUGCAGGCACAGAGAACUGUGAUCUCUGCUGUGGAAUAUCGUUUGUCGAUAGAAGGGAUGGUGGGCAAAGGGGUUCAUGGAGACAUUGGCCUCGAUGACAUCAGGGUUGUGCCUGGUGAAUGUCUAGGAACUGAUACGUGUGGAUUUGAGGAAGACUUCUGUCAGUGGAAGCAGUCAUCGCAGGAUGACCUUGACUGGAAGCGAGGUCGUAACGGCUCAGUAACGAUUGGAACAGGACCCUCUGUGGAUCAUACUUUUGGCUCAGAUUCUGCCUAUUUUGCUUAUCUUGACACGUCAUCACACACAGCGACCAACCAAAGAGCCCUUUUACAAAGUGCCACCUUACCAGCUGAAACAAAGGGCUGCUUCUUGUUCUGGUACCACAUGUCUGGUGCAGACAUUGGCAGUUUGACUGUGUACAAAUCUAUUGGCUCAGGAUUCCCUACCAGCUUGAACACACGGUCAGGGGACCAGGGUAACAUCUGGAGGCUGGCUAAGGUCAAUCUAACCCCGGCCCCCAAACCAUACUCCAUUGUCUUGGAGGCCAAGAAAGGUGCUGGUGGCCACGGAGACAUAGCUGUAGAUGACAUGUACCUGUCUGACAGACCAUGUCCACAAGAUGCCGUCUGUGACUUUGAGCAAGAUAUGUGUGGAUGGACCAAUGAUUUAGUCAAUGACGAUUUUGAUUGGUUGCGUGAUAGAGGCGGCACUCCAACCCUUUUUACUGGUCCUUCAGUUGACCAUACAACCAACACAGGCAGUGGGUUUUACAUGUACAUUGAGGCAUCACACAGGAGAAGAGGUGCUAAAGCCUGGCUUGUCAGUGACCAUGUACAUGUAACGCCUGGAACAGACAAUUCCUGCUUUACCUUUUGGUACAACAUGAAUGGAGCUGGAGUGGGUUCCCUUAAUUUGUAUACCAGAGUGAAAACAAAUUCACCGGUACUGAAGUGGACUUUAAGUGGGAAUCAGGGUAAUGUUUGGUCGAGAGCUCAAAUCCCUAUCCACAGCAAAGAUGAGUUUGUGUUUAUCUUUGAAGGCAUAUAUGGAGGAAAUUAUACCAGCGACAUAGCUAUUGAUGAUGUCUCAUACAAACAAGGCAACUGCUCAUCUUCUGUGACAGUAACAACACCACAGCCACCAACAAUCCCCACCACAAGCAAGCCAACCAUGUACGACUGUACCUUUGAGCAAGGUUUCUGCAGAUGGACCCAGGACACUAAGGACAGUUUUGAUUGGACAAGAUCUACAGGAAGUGUACUCGGGAGAACUCCACCUUUUGAUCAUACUUUGCUCAACAACAAAGGUCAUUUUGCUCAGAUUUCUGCAUCAGGCCGUUCAGCAAAUGACUCUGCCAGAUUGAUCAGUCCACUAAUUAAUGGUAAGGGUGGAUUCUGUAUGAGAUUCUGGUACAGGAUGUACGGACCUCAUAUCAGCCGCAUGUCCCUGUAUACACGAGUGAAAGGAGGCUCUAAAACUGAUGACCGCAUCUGGACCCGUAUAGGGGACCAGGGUCUGGACUGGAAGUAUGCUCAGGUACACAUCAAGACAACAGGAUCUUAUCAGGUAGUGAUUGAGGGCCAGGUGGGCACUAACUUUGAUGGAAGCAUUGCCAUUGAUGACAUUACAGCUAACCGUGGUGGCUGUCCACUUUCGGCAGUAUGUGACUUUGAGGAUGGACUCUGUGGUUACACACAGGAUUUAAGUGAUAAAACAGACUGGGCUCUACAAACUGGCAACGGCACAAGAGGUCCACAUAGUGAUCACACAUUAAGGACAGCAGAGGGUAGCUAUAUGUUCCUUCCUUACAAUAAGAAACACCAGAAAGCCAGAUUAGACAGUGCACCCCAUUCCCCGACCACAGGCUCGUGUCUCCAGUUCUGGUACUACAUGCCAGCAGCUGGUGUAUUCCAAGUGUACACAAGGACAGGGGAUAAACUAGGAUCACCAGUGUGGACAACAAAGGGAGCUCAAGGUCAGGACUGGCAUGUAGAGCAGAUUAACAUUCAGUCUCCUCUCAACUUCAGGGUAACGUUUGAGGGCAAGACAACAACUGAUAUAGCAAUUGAUGACAUAGCUUACAAUACUUCACCAUGUUUACCGGCAGGUAGCUGUGACUUUGAACUUGACAUCUGUACGUGGCACAAUGUGCAGAGUGGAGAUAACAUUGACUGGGAACGUAUGAGCGGCUCAACUGCCACUCGAAACACUGGUCCCAGGACUGACCAUACUCUGAACAACACCUAUGGCACAUACAUCUAUAUGGAAUCAUCACCUCCACAGAGAGCUGGGGACAAAGCCUGGCUUCAGUCAUCCGUGUUUGAUACAGCUACAAGGUGCAUCUCAUUCUGGUACCAUAUGAGUGGCAGGUCACAAGGCAGUUUAUCGCUGAAGCUCCUGCUGUUUGGAUCUCCAAGCCCUACAGGUGAACUCCAGACAUUGUGGACGAAAUCUGGUCAACAGAGUGACCAGUGGCUGCAAGCCAACCUCACAGUCACUAAUGUGUCCAGCAGCUAUCGUUUCUUGUUUGAGGGUGUUGUGGGAAGUGGUGCUGAGUCUGAUAUUGGUCUUGAUGACAUUGUGGUGUCCCCGGGUGCUUGUAAAACUGUAUCCAAACCAUCAUGUGCCUAUAUAUGCCCGGGCGAUGGUCUCUGUCUGACCGACUCCCAAGUCUGUGAUUUUAUUAGUGAUUGCUCAGAUGGCAGUGAUGAAACAAGUUGUGGCUACAACUGUAAUUUUGAUGACCAAAUGUGUCAGUGGAAUAACACAUAUAGCGGAUCGUUUGUAUGGAGAAGGUUCCGCGGUGCCACUGCGGACAAGAACACCGGACCAUCUGUGGACCACACCAAGAACAGUGCUAAUGGAUACUACCUGUAUGUUGAUGCUAGCAAAGGUUUAUCUGCCUCAACAGCCAACUUCAAGAGUCCUGUACUGAAGCAGGCGUCAUCUCUGUGUCAGCUUAGUUUCUGGUAUCACAUGUACGGCGCUGGCAUCGGGAAACUGGCUGUGUUCUACCAGGAGCAGGUGAGGAGGACGGAGCUGUGGAUGCGACAGGGCGACCAGGGACAGAGAUGGAACCAUGCCAUAGUGCCUAUCAGCAGGGUCACUACACCAUUCACUUUGGUCAUCUCAGCAACCCGCACGUUCAGCUCUUUAGGGGACAUCGCCAUUGAUGAUAUUGUGUUUCAGGGGUGUGCACUUCCACAACCUCAAGAUAGUUGCAAAACUAACCAGUUCCAGUGUGAUAACAAGGCCUGUAUAGAUAUGAGUCGCAAGUGUGAUUAUACAGAUGAUUGUGGGGAUGGUUCUGACGAGUCUCCUGUUACCUGUGCAAACGACAAGUACAUAGGUUGCACAUUUGAAGAUAACGGACUCUGCAUUUGGAGUCAGAUGACUGAUGAUGACUUUGACUGGACUCUGACUCACGGCUUGUCAGGAACGAUUGGUUCAAGUCCAUCUAGAGAUCACACACUGAAUACAGCAACAGGUCGCUAUCUGGUAUUGGAUGCUCGCCUUCCACAUCGUCAGGGACAGACAGCUCGUUUGGUAAGCAGUGCCUUCACUGUGGCCCAAGGAUCUCAGUGCACGAUGAGGAUUUACUAUCACAUGUAUGGGGCUGAUGUGGCAUCACUGACUGUCUACACACGUGUUAGUGUCAAUGGCAAACUGUCUAAGGUGUGGCAAAAGACUGGACAGGUAGGAGCCUUUUUUGACCGGGCAGAGAUUGCUUUAAGUUCCUCAGGCCCCUUCCAGAUUGUCAUAGAAGGUGUUGUAGGGAAAACAUACCUAAGUGACAUCGCUAUAGAUGACCACCUUCACCCUGGCUGCAACCAGUACAGUGGAGCUAUCCCUACAGUUUUACCCCAGUUGACCCCAUCAACAACACCUAAUCCUUGUGGCCCAUCCUCAUGGCAGUGUAGUGACAAAUCUAGAUGCAUCAACUCUACCAUGAGGUGUGACUUUACCAUGGACUGUGCUGAUCAAAGCGAUGAAGAGAAUUGUGGAGUAUGUAACUUUGAGACAUCUCAGUGUGGCUGGGAAGACAACAGCGCAGGUAUUUACAGGUGGGAAAGGCAUCAAGGUUCCACACCUUCUCCAGUCUCAGGCCCUGCGUCUGGCUAUGAUUAUACCAAGUGGUACAUGUUUGUAGAUUCUACAAAGGGUGCUGUGUAUGGCAGAGCUGAUUUGGUAUCUCCACUCCUCGGAUCAGUCAGUGCCACUUGCGAAAUUCGCUUUGGCUAUCAUAAGAAGGGUGACAGCAAGGGAAUAAUGAGACUUUAUGCAGCUCCCCCAGAGAUCAGUCCGACCAGUUUGCUCAAAAGAACUUUGCUGUGGUCUGCAUUUGGAGAUCAAGGGGACUCUUGGAAAUCUGCUUCAGUUGGCAUUGGCGAAUACCCUCAAGGAGUGAGGCUUGUUUUUGAAGCCAUUCAUAUUCAGUCUGCUGGAGACAUGGCCAUUGAUGAGAUACUUUUUGCUGGUUGUAACCGCCCGCAACCAACAAUCUGUAGUGACUCUCAGUUUUCCUGUAAGGCUGGAACAUGUGUGGACCAAUCUCUGGUCUGUGACUUCCAGGAUGACUGUGGUGAUAGGACUGAUGAAAAGAACUGCGGUAGUUACAUGGAGAGAUGUGACUUUGAGUCUGGUUUUUGUCAUUGGACCCAAGAAGAUGAAGAUGACUUUGAUUGGAAGCGAGGACGGGGUAACACACAGGCAAGUGGAUCAGCACUGGACAGAGACCACACCUAUAAUAACCAGUCAGGUUCCUUCAUCUACAUUGACAACCCUGCACCCAAGCAAACUGGGGAUUUACGAGCCCGUUUGAACAGUGUGGUGUUUCAACCUGCUCACUCUGGGGACUGUCAGAUGAGAUUCUUCUAUCACAUUGUGGGUGCUCACGAUAAAGGUGUCACUGUGUCGAUGAGAACAGAAGAUGGAGGAGAGCUGGUGCCGCUGUGGACAAUGAGGCAGACCAAUUCGGAUGAGUGGAAACGUCAGACUUUGGACCUGAUUUCCAACAAGAACUUCGAAGUUGUUAUAGAAGGUGUGAGAGGGGAGCUGUACAAAGGGGACAUCGCCAUUGAUGACAUCUCCUUCACUCCAAGCUGUAAGGUAGCUCUGAGAGCAACUCUACCGCCUGCCUCCCUGGUAACAGUCACACCCUCAGUCUGUGGAGCAAACAAACGCCAGUGUGCCAGUGGAGAGUGUCGACCAUCCUCUGACUUCUGUAACUUCAGACCAGACUGCUCUGACAAGUCAGACGAAACUAUGUGUCCAUCAGCAUGCAACUUCGAAUCUGGAGACUUUUGCCAUUGGACAAAUCCAACUGUAGGUGAUGAUUAUGAUUGGAAGAUUUCAAGUGGGGGGAGUGUGGCUCAAAGCACUGGUCCUGCUAAGGACCACACGCUGGGGACUGCGGUGGGGCAUUAUGCUGUCAUCAGCCCACCCUCUACAGAUGCCCAAAGCAAGGCCCGACUCUUCAGCCCACUGUUCAUGCAGGCUGGGUUAACAUGUAACGUGUCAUUCUGGUAUCAUGCCUAUGGUAAGAGUGCAGGACAGGUUAAUGUUUACCUGAGAUCAGGAGGCAGAGAAAGACAGGUGUUCAGUGCUUCAACGUCCCCAUUAGAUGUUUGGAAACAGGCUCAGAUACCUCUCCCCCAGUGUGCCUCAGAGUUCCAGGUGAUUAUUGAGGGUGUGCUUCGAUCUGUCUCCCCCAGUGACAUUGCUGUUGAUGACAUCAUGUUCCAGGAUUGCGAAUAUGAUCUGCCCCCAGCCAAGUGUCUGUUAGGUCAGUACAGCUGUGCUAGCGGACACUGCGUCCCUCAGGACCUCUUGUGUGACUACGAGACAGACUGCUGUGAUGCAUCGGACGAGGCUGAUAAAACGUGUGUGUUGUACUACCAAUGUGACUUUGAAAAGGAUACAUGUGGCUGGAGACAGAGCAAGGAUGAUCAGUUUGACUGGACAUUUAGCAGGAAACCAGUCUCCUCAUUCAACCCUAGUCUUCAACAAGACCACACCACUGGGUCUGUAGAGGGUAGGUACCUGUGGUUGGACGCCUCCUCCCCUAGGGUGCAGAAUGACACCGCCCGUUUGACAUUGUCCCUGCCCAAACCUUCAGGAACAUGUGCUCUUAGAUUGUGGUAUAGGAUAAAUGGACAUCAUGCUGGGACUCUGAACGUCUACACAGUAGGAUUCGGCAGCCAGGAACAGUUAAUGAGCUCCAUAAAGGGCGACCAGGGGAAAACAUGGCAGAGACUUGAGGUUAACUUACCAAGCACCUCAGCCUUCGAGGUAAUCCUAGAAGGGGUUGUAGGAGUGGGCUGGAUAGCUGAGAUGGCCAUUGAUGACAUCUCCUUCACCCCUGGUUGUGGAUUGCCACAUACAAUUAACUCUCUAACCCCUUCCAUUCCCACCACCACAGGAAACUGUUUGCCUAACCAGUUUGAGUGUGGAGACCACACCUGCAUAGACAUCACCAAGAAGUGUAACUUCCAGGUUGAUUGUACAGAUGACUCUGAUGAAGGAGGAUGCCCAUUCCUGUGUGAUUUUGAGAAAGACAGCUGUGGCUGGGGGGAAACUGUAGUGGACAAGUUAGACUGGACGAGGGGCAGUGGAAAAACGGCAGAGGAUGGAGAAGGGCCGACUUACGAUAAUACAUUACGGACAUCCAGCGGACAUUACAUGUAUGUAAAGGACAUCAACCCUGGAAUGCUGAAUGGGAAAACGGCAGAAUUGAAGAGUCCUGUGUACAUCACUGCCAGUGCUGACUGCAAAGUUCAGUUUGCCUAUUACAUCUAUGGAUCAACUCCUGUAACCUUGUCACUGUACAUGCAAACUGGCACGGAGCUGACCAACCUGUGGAAGAGCUCUGUCUAUAAGAGUGAUUCCUGGAACACCAUCACUGUUGGCAUCGGCAGAAGAUCCACUUUCUUCACACUUCUCAUCAAAAGAGAGUUCAGCGAGACAUUUAACGCUGAGAUAGCCGUGGAUGACAUCAAGUUUAUUGACUGCGCUCUUAACCCUCCUAUGGAGUACUGUCCCUAUCCUCGAUUUCACUGUACAACAUCAAAGUCAUGCAUUGACAAGGAUCACCUGUGUGAUCUGGUAGACAACUGUGGGGACAACUCUGACGAGACUUCAACCACCUGUGUUAGCUACAAGCAGUACAACUUUGAGUCAGGGAUUGGAGAUCUCAUACAGGGACAGGACGGAGUUGAGGAUGACUUCAGCUGGUCCAGGAAACAAGGCAAAACUCCAACAGUGCACACAGGGCCCUCUGUAGAUCACACCCUGGGGACAGGCGAUGGUUAUUACAUGUACAUUGAGACAUCUCGUCCUCAGAGGUACAACCAGAAAGCAUGGCUCCUCACUCCACCCAUCUUUGCUACCCUGAAGUCGGACUGCAAGCUGAGGUUCUACUACCACAUGUUUGGUCAGCACGUGAAUGAGCUGAACGUCUACUACCGCCAGUAUAACAGUGGCCCACCUACGAAGCAGGUGUUGAAUUGGGCGGGUUCACAAGGUAAUUACUGGAUUCAGGCAGUGAUCCCUCUGAAAAUAAACACGAAUUUCCAGCUUAUCUUUGAAGCCAAGGUUGGAGACAGUUUCCAAGGAGAUAUUGCCAUAGAUGAUGUGAGUUUCACUCCUGGAUGUAAGUUUGGUGCUUCACCCUUGCCAACUCCACCCACCAUCACUACAGUGACCCCUUCCUCAACAACAAGUCAUCCUAAUAAAUGUGACCCACAAACACAGUUCAACUGUCGCUCAGAUGGUCUGUGUAUAGGCCUGGAGAAGAAGUGUGACUUCCACCCAGACUGUGCUGACAAGACGGAUGAGUUUGGAUGCACUCUACCGCAGUGCUCCUUCACAAAUGGUGACACCUGUGGAUGGCAAAUCAACAGCACAGUGUCUAACAAUCCAGACCAGGUGUACCAUUGGCAAGCUGACCAAGGUCGCACCAAGGCAAACACAGACUACCGGCCAUUACGUGACCACACCAAGGGCUCAACCUCUGGCUGGUACCUGUGGGCAGAUAGCUCCCCUGGAGCACGUCACGACACCACUGAGCUGGUCUCCUCCCAGAUUGGCCAGACAGGCCCACACUGCACCCUCAACAUCUGGUACUACAUGAAUGGGCUGAGUACUGGUGAACUUCACGUGUACAUCGUCACAGGAACCAAAAAGACACAGGUGUGGAUGGAGUCUGGUAACCUUGGAGACUCCUGGAACCAGGCCUUGGUGUUUGUGGGCAGUCAGAUGCAUGCUCAGCUGGUCAUUCAAGCCAACCGUGGCUGGUCGUACCGUGGAGACAUCGCAGUAGACGACCUGGCGUUCAUAAAUUGUGACGUGCCACAGGUGUCCCCUGAUGGAUGUAAGGCAGCUGAGCACCACUGUGCCAAUGAUGUCUGUAUCGACCCCUCCCUCGUCUGUGACUACGCCAAUGACUGCGGUGAUUUCUCGGAUGAAGAUGAGAAGACCUGUGAUUUCACAUACAGAAGAUGUAGCUUUGAGCAUGGCAUCUGCCAGGAUUGGACAAAUGAGGUGGACGAUGAUUUUGAUUGGACGCUGAGACAGGGAAUGACCCGCACCGUGGGAACGGGACCAUCCACUGAUCACACGACCAGGACUCCUAGUGGAAGUUACAUGUACAUAGAGACAUCUAAACCCAGAAAAGCAGGUGAUAAAGCAAGGCUUGACUCCUUUGCUGUCAAGGGAAAUUCAAAGAACUGCAGGCUGCGCUUCUGGUACCACAUGAAGGGGAAGAACAUGGGCUCACUGACGAUCAUGAAGCGAUUUGGCUACUUCUCCAAUGGUCUCGUCCUUCUCAAGGUUCUUAACACUCAGCUAGAUGACUUUUGGUACCUUGCUGACUGCGAUCUGACCAACUCUGUGGCCCAGACUGGGGAUUACCAGGUUGUAAUAGAAGGAACCCGUGGAGAUGGUAACAGUGGAGACAUUGCUAUUGAUGACAUCUCUCUCACUCCUGGCUGUGAGAGGGGAGGAUCUAUCCCAGGGCAGCCCACUCCACCCUCCACUACACCGGGCAGCUGUGGGGCGGACAGAUUUACUUGCUCUAACGGGAACUGCUACACAGAGGCUCAGCGAUGCGACUUCUUUGACGACUGUGAAGAUGGCGGCAGUGAUGAGAGUAAAUGCGGAUCCAGCUGUGACUUUGAGAAGGGUCAGUGUGGCUGGCAGAACAGUUUACGGGACAGUAUGGACUGGGUGCGACACAACGGCUCUACACCCAGCAGGAAAACAGGCCCGUCAGGAGAUCACACCACUGGAUCUUCUUCUGGUAACUACAUGUACAUUGAGACCAGCGGUCCUGGCCAAGCAGGUGAGGCAGCUUUCCUAGAAAGUGGUCUGUACAAGUCUUCCUCGCCCAGCUGUAUGCUGUCCUUCUGGUACCACAUGUAUGGCUCCUCCAUCGGGACCCUCUCUGUGGUGGUCAAGCGCACGGAUGGUUCUUACUCCACCCUCUGGCAGCUCAGGGACAACCAGGGCAACAAGUGGAUCAAAACUUCUGUCAACAUUGGCUCCCAGUCCAAUUUUGCUAUCCAGUUCAAAGCUAUGCGGAAAAGCGGUGUAUUUGGAGACAUAGCCAUAGAUGAUGUUCUCUUCCAGAACUGUGGAAUAGGCACGCCAGUCAAGUCCUGCCCUACCGGACAGUUCCGAUGUGCUAAUCAUCUGCAGUGUAUAGAAGAACGUUACCUCUGUGAUCAUAAUGCUGACUGUAAUGACCAUUCUGAUGAAUCCUCUGACAACUGCAGAUAUAACAAAGGAGACUGUAGUUUCCAGGACAGUACUUGGAUGGACUACUGUAGCUGGUCUCAGAUGCAAGACGAUGAUUCUGAUUGGUUGUUAGGCUCUAAAUCCCAGAAGACAGGCACUGGACCCCCGUCAGAUCAUUCCUUUACUACCAGUGGUUACUACAUCUACAUCGACAGUGCCAAGAUGGAAACGGGCUCUGUAGCUCGUGUGGCAACGCCCACUUUCCCAGCAAGCUUUGGAGUCUGCUAUCUGAGAUUCUGGUUCUACAUGUAUGGGGACUAUAACACUGGACCCUUGAGGGUGUUCACUCGGACGUCAGACGGUCACCUGCAGCUAAUGUGGGUGGUCAGCAGUAACCAGGGCCAGAAGUGGCAGUAUGAGAACAUCCUGGUGGGCAACAGUCAGCCAUUUUCAGUUGUCUUUGAGGCUCAGGUCGGGAAACCAGGCGUGUCGGACAUUGCCCUGGAUGAUGUCAGCUUCACUCCCAGCUGUGCUACUGGCGAAGUUGAUAUUGCACCAACGAAAGAUGUCAUUAUGAACUGUAACUGGAACCAAUUUUACUGCUCCCCCAAAGAUGAGUGUUUCCCCAAUAGCUGGAAAUGUGAUGGAAUGGUGGACUGCCCAGAUAAGUCAGAUGAGCCUCACGCCUGUCCCCCAGUUGUGUCCCCUGCCACAGGAAGCAAACCUGUUGUCGUGACAAAGCCUGCUGUAACUCCGCCCCCAGUGGUGAAUGUAUGCGGCCACGGGAGAACAUCCUGUCAAGACGGUAGUUGUUUGUCUGGUAACCUUUACUGUGAUGGCGUCCCUGACUGUCCCCACGGAGAGGAUGAAUAUGGCUGUAGUUUAGAGUGUGUGGUGGGUAGUUACUACUGUGGGGCUCUACACAUCUGUCUGGAGAACUCUACUCGCUGUGACGGUAAUGAGGACUGUACAGACGGCUCAGACGAGGCCAGCUGCACAGCCUGCUUACCAAAUUACUGUAAGAACGGAGGCAGUUGUCAGAUGUCUGCACAUGGACCAGUUUGUCAGUGCAGCACUUCCUACAAUGGACACCGAUGCCAGGCCGCCUUACACAGUACACAGGGUCAAGCUGCACAGAAACCAGGAAGCGGAACGUGGAAGGUAGCGGUUGGCAUCGUACUGGGUUUGGUGGCAUUGAUAGGGAUAACAGUUGCAACAGUGUUUUAUAUCAGAAGACGCAAACAACACAGGUAUGGAGAGAUUUUUGUUUGUGAAGGCUGGAAGAGAAGCUGA